AUGCAGAUCUUUGUGAAAACUCUGACUGGCAAAACCAUCACCCUUGAGGUCGAGGCUAGUGAUACUAUUGAGAAUGUGAAGGCCAAAAUCCAGGACAAAGAAGGCAUUCCACCUGACCAGCAGAGGUUGAUCUUUGCCGGCAAGCAGCUAGAAGAUGGACGAACCCUGUCUGACUACAACAUUCAGAAAGAAUCUACCCUUCACCUGGUGCUGAGACUCCGGGGUGGCAUGCAGAUCUUUGUGAAAACCCUUACUGGCAAGACCAUAACCCUUGAGGUUGAGACCAGUGACACCAUUGAAAACGUAAAGGCCAAAAUUCAAGAUAAGGAAGGCAUUCCUCCUGAUCAACAGAGGCUGAUCUUUGCAGGAAAGCAGCUAGAAGAUGGCCGCACCCUUUCUGAUUACAACAUCCAGAAGGAGUCAACUCUUCACCUGGUCCUGAGACUCAGGGGUGGCAUGCAGAUCUUUGUAAAAACCCUGACUGGCAAAACCAUCACCCUUGAAGUUGAAACUAGCGACACCAUCGAGAAUGUGAAGGCUAAAAUCCAGGACAAAGAAGGUAUUCCACCGGACCAGCAGAGACUGAUCUUUGCGGGCAAGCAACUGGAGGAUGGACGCACCUUGUCCGACUACAACAUCCAGAAGGAGUCCACUCUGCACCUGGUCUUGAGACUCAGGGGUGGCCACUAA